AUGGGAAAGAAGAAAGCAUCAGAUAAACCAUUUUGUUGGUAUUGUGAUAGAACCUUUGAAGAUGAAAAGAUUCUAAUACAACACCAAAAAGCAAAACACUUUAAAUGUCCCCAUUGUAAUAGAAAGCUAGCAAGUGCUUCUGGAAUGGUAGUGCACGUUCAAACAGUACAUAAAGAGGUUUUAACAAAAGUACCAAAUUCAAAACCAGGAAGAGAUUCUGUAGAAUAUGAAAUAUAUGGAAUGGAGGGUAUUCCUGAUGAAACAGAAAGCAUCGAUGAUCGUGAUAUAAAAAGAGUAAAACAAGAUGGUGUUGCACCUUCAUUUGGAGCAGGUGCUAUUCCUCCACCUCCUUAUGGAGGUGGUCGUCCAUCACUUAUUCCUGGUUAUCCACCACCAGUAGUACCAAGUCCUUGGAAUAAUAAUCCAUACAAUUAUCAGCCACCUCCACCCCCAUCAUCAGCACUUGGAGGUGGACCAGUUGGAUUUAAUUUCUCUGGUCCUCCACCACCACCACCAGGUGGACCAUAUCAUAAAUUUCCACCAUCACCCUAUGGAGGUGGUCCUUACAAGCAACCACCAUAUGGCGGUCCUCCAAAUCCAAACUUCCGACCACCACCACCAAAUAUGCCGUACCCUCCCCAUCCUAUGGCAAAUGUAAAUAAUAUUCAACAACAGCAUCAACAUCAGCAUCAGCAACCGCCACCACCACCACCACCACCAUCAUCAAAUUCUCCAUCAAAUAUUCUACCACCACCUCCUCCACCACUCUCCAACAGUAAGAUUUCUCCGCCACCACCACCUCCACCUCCAACAUCAACGACACUCGAGUAUCACGCCAAUGGAUCGGAUUCCUCCUUACCACUACUACAACCUCCUCCACCACCUCCCCCUAUACAACAAACUAAUCAACCAACGGCCGUUGCUACAAGUGGCGGUAUAGUAAAGGCAGCAGCAGCGGUUGUUGUUCAAAACCCAACGGGACCUAUCGAAACCCAUCUCGUUUAUGAUGAUGAAUUUGUGUCAAUGGAGGAAAAAAGAGCAUUAUUGCCACGCUACACUUCAAAGACAAGUAGUGUUCAUUAA